CCACAUGCCGUCCAGAAACUGCGGUCUGAAAAUCGCCUCGAUUCACGCCAGACAAGGUUCGGGACCGGGUGCAGCCGUACAUUCGACCCCAAGCCAUCCAUCCAAAUGAGUCAAUCGUAGGGACCGCGGAGACAGGCGCGCCCCCGUGUCUAGAGACGCCUCCGACCGGACUUAUUAAUAAGAAGAAAACCAGGGCACCGAUGGCCCUUGGGCUGACGAGGGGAAGGAGUAUCCAAUUAUUGACUCCAAAACUAUGAACACAACACCAUCGACGAAUCUGGGGAGCCUCCCGGAUCACGUCUUGCUCGGCGUCGUCGAGCAGCUCGACACGGCCCGCGAUGUGUCCCACCUCGCCGCGUCGUGCCGCGCCACCCAAGCCGCCAUGCGCCGGGAAGGCUGGAGAUCCUGGGCGCUGACGCGGUUUCCCUCAUAUCGACUGCCUGCGGAGGCGGCGGCGGACUGGCGGGCCGUCGUCGACCGGUUGACGUACCUGGACCGAUGCUGGGAACGGCGCGGCCUGAGCUUCUGCUACUUCCGCGAGAACCGGGGGGAUCAGCAGGGCAGAGGUGGCCAGCAGAACCUGAGGAGGCGGUACGGAGGUGGACAGUCGGUGCCGUUUGCAUCCGUACUGGAUGUCUGUCUGACGUCGUCGUCGUCGGGCUCGCGGCAGCAGGACGAGCUGCUGGCGUGCGGGACCGGAGAAGACCUGCAGGUUCGAUGGCGGACGCUGGGCGACAAGUCGCGAGACACCUGGAGGUCGCUCGCGGGCAAGGACGCGGGAUACUCUGAGGGGACGGGCGACGUCACGGCAGUGUCCACCAUCGAGAGGGGCGCAAAGGCAGAGCUCGCCGUGGGCAGGGCAAACGGCGACGUUCAACUGCUCUCCGCUGCCUUUGACGACUCCUUUGGCCAGCCGACGAGGAUGCUGCUCCCCGUGGACGACAAGGAGCUCAACCUGGGACGCUCGAUGGGCCAGCGCGCCGUCAUGUGGACCGAAUGGCAGCCCGAGUCGAAGAUCCUGGCGAGUUGCCGGAGCACCCUCCUGACUCUAUACAACCUAUCUUCCACCGACGUCUCGGAGAAGGAGCUGAAGCCAAUGCUGUACUACGACGUGUCGCAGGAUGCCGCCGCCGACAGCCGAGGCUAUGCCUCCAUGGUGCACUGCGUCAAGUUCCUGAGCAGCGACACCGUCGCGUGCGGCGUCAGCUGGAGCAGCGAGCCGCUACAAUGGGGUAAGAUCCGGCCGACCGGCAUCGAGCUCUCCCCGCCGCCGAAGCGUGCCCGUUUCGACGGGUGCAAGUCGGCCGUCCCCUCGCGGGCGACGAAACAUACCGUGUGGGCCAUCGAACCCGUCGGGACCACGGGGAACCUGCUGCUGAGUGCCUGGCGUGACGGAAGCUAUAGGCUUCUGGAUAUGCGCACGCCUUCGGACCAUGACGCCGCAUACCGUGACACCUUUCAGCCCUACAACCCGAGUAGCGCGCUGCUCGCCUACGGCAUGCAGCGCUUCGUUGCCGCGGCGGCCAUGGAGCCCGUUGUGCGCAUAUUCGACUUUCGGUUCCCGAAGCCUUACUAUCACUCGGACGCGCUGCCCUGUUUCGGCCAGCGUCCUUAUCCUCGGCCGUGGAGAGGAGCCCAUGGCUAUCAGGAGCCCGCGGUCGACGGCUCGGAGCCAACGUCAUCUCGUCGUUGUGACGACGAUGCGGGGACUCGCUGCAUAUGGCAUGAAACGUCUAGGAACCCCUACUGGCGGCCGGACGCGACGCUCUACUACACCAAGAAUAAGCGCGAGGAGGCCUGUUCGCUGGCCAAAACGUCGGAUCUUGCGGACAGCUUCUACAUUGGCACCCGCGGGGCCUUCAUCGAGGCACAGCUCUCGCUCGCCGAGGACGCACGCGGCGAGGAAGCAGACACGCACGCGGCGCCCAAGGGCUGGACGGCGGAGCUCUCGAAGGGGGAGUCGCUCGUCAUCGGGGAGACGUGCAUAAGCCUCUGCGAAGGCGAGGGCUGGCAGACAGCCCGGCCGAUGCCGACGGUGCGCUUGAGACGGCACGCAAACCAGCCAGAAGGGCCCCAGGCCGGGAGUCGGCUAGACGGGCGGUGGCUGUCAAAGUCGGAACCUCGAGAAGUCGAAUUGGUGUAGUUGAUGACGGGGCAUGAAUGUAACACGACGACGAUGGGAACGACUGGCCUAGACUACACUAGAUGCUCGAUAUUAGGGAGGGCUGGGUUAUGAGUUUGCUCCCGAUGGUGGCAAACGGUUUAGAUGAAAAGAGAACACCGUCAAUCUAUAGACUUUAUUGUAGAAUUUAUACACGCAUAC